AUGGUCCGUGGACAUGAGGUCGAUAACAGAUGGGUUGUUCCAUACAGUCCUUACCUUCUUGUAAAAUUCAACUGCCAUCUGAACGUUGAAAUCUGUUCUACAGUCAAGGCAGUGAAGUACAUGUAUAAGUACAUCUACAAAGGUCAUGACAAGAUUCAUUUUCAACUCAAUUCCCAGAAUUCUAAUGAGCUAAAUUUUGAUGGUCAUGUCUCUGCAAUCGAUGAAAUCAAAGACUAUCAAUCAGCUAGGUGGGUAUGCGCUGUGGAAGUUUUUGUUGAGAAAAAAGGAGCCUUCUUCAUUGAUGGACCAGGUGGAAUGAGAAAAACAUUCCUUUAUCGAGCACUACUAGCAGAAAUCAAGUCAAAAGAAUACAUAGCUCUUGUUAUAGCAUCCUGUGGAGUUGCGGCUUCGAUUCUCCCAGAGCCACUUAUCUCCAAGAAUUCUAUCCAGAUACCUGUAUCAAUGCUGAUAAGAUAUACCAAUGAGAAAGAAUCAAUGAACACAUUGAUCCGGACAGUCUUCCCAGAUUUGAAUGCUUUUUGCCAGGACAAUUUCUCUGCAAUUAAUCGUGCUAUUCUGACAGCAAAAAAUGACUUUGUCGAUCAAAUUAAUCAGGGGUUCAUUGUACAGUUAGAAGGACAAUUGCAAGAAUAUAUCAGCCGAGACAAGUGUAUAGAUAGCUCUAAGCAGACAAUCAUGGAAGAUUUGCUAAAUAGUUUGACUCCAAAUGGUUUUCCCCCUCAUAAGCUGCUUCUCAAACCAUACUGCCCUAUCAUGUUACUGAGAAACAUUGAUCCACCUCAGGGAUUAUGUAAUGGCACCAGACUGAUAUGCAAAUCCUUGAGCUCCAAUAUUAUACAUGCAGUCAUAACAUGUGGAGAAUUUGCUGAAAAAGAGGUCUUCAUUCACAAAAUCUGUUUCAGAGCACAGAAUAAUUCAGACUCACCAGUAUUAUUCGAACGAAUUCAGUUUCCUGUUCGACCCUGUUUUGCUAUGACAAUAAACAAAGCUCAAGGACAAACACUUGAUUUUGUUGGCAUAUAUUUGCGUGAGUCGAUUUUCUCCCGUGGACAGCUAUACGUAGCAAUAUCAAGAGUUAAGAAUAGUAGUUCUAUUAAAAUUCUGAUUAAACCAUUGAUAUUUGAUGACCAAGAAGACUCAAUUACUGAAAAUAUAGUAUAUACAGAAGUACUAGAUUUAGCUUAUCAAUAA